CCCCCAGUUCCUUUACACCCAACCAACCAUCGACCACCACCACGUUCAUACAAACCGCCGCACGUCGGUCCAUCGGUACCCACCACGCCUCUGCUUCAGCCCCCCGGCAGCCAGCGGCGAAUUAACGAUCGGCCAAGAUGGACGGCGACACGACGUUCAGGAAACUCUUCGUGGGCGGCCUGGCGUGGCAGUCGCAGCGCGACGCGGUGCGGCGCCACUUCGAGCAGUUCGGGGAGAUCGCGGAGGCCGUCGUCAUCGCCGACAAGCACACCGGCCGCUCCAGGGGAUACGGAUUUGUACGCUACAGUAGCUUCUUCCCGCAGAUCGAUCGCCGAUCGGUCCUUCAUUCCUCACCAUUCUAUCAUUCAUUCAUGUCUCCCGUUGCUAUAGCUUUGCUCAUCUGGUGCUCUGUGCGUCCACCGGCGUGCGCGUGUCAGGUGACGUUCAGGGACCCCGAGGCCGCGGCGCGAGCCCUGCAGGACCCGACGCCGGUGAUCGACGGGAGGAGGGCCAACUGCAAUCUGGCAGCUCUCGGCGCGUCGCAGCGCCUGCACCCUGCAGGUAGCGCGGCGCCCGUUGGGAUGGCCAGGUCGAGGCCGGCCACAGCGUCGUCUUCGUCCUACCAAGGUUCUGCUGCUGCCGCAAUGGCGGCCUCCUACUUCCCCCUACACGCUCGCUACACCUAUCCUUACUACUAUGGGUAUGCUGGAGGAUACUCUCACGAGAAUAUGUACCAUAUGCAAAUGAGCUACUACGGUGCGCAUGGUGGAGCGGGUGUCCAGCAGCAGUCACAGCUGCAGACUUACUUCAUAGCGGCAGGACCGGAAGGAGCUCACCAAGAAGCCGUUUCACCGUACCACUUCCAGCUGAUGCAAGGUGCCGACAACCAAGAACAUGAUUCUUCUGCCGCGGCAGCGCAGCGCUCGCACAUUAUGCAGUACGCGGCACACAUGCAGGCUAUGCAGCAGGACCACCAUGGCACGGCCGUUACAGGGAGUGCCGCUGAUGCAGGUACGAGGGCGGUUGGAACCGCACCAGCCGUUCGACCAGGUUCUUCCCAAACAUCGUCUGACAGAAGGUCUGCAUCUUGACAGUCAUCUUGUAUCCGAGCAUUUCUCCAUGAGUACGACUAAAGAAAUUUGACGUAAUAGCAAUGACAUUGUACCGUUAAUUGCAGUUUCCUAAUUCAUACUGUAUACAUCUUUUAUAUAA